UCAUCAACAGAUGACGAUUAAACGUGCUCCACCAAAAGUCGUAUAAAAAAACUAUGUGGUUUUUAAAAAACGGUGGCGUUUAUGGUCCAUUCUAACUGCGCUUAACUUUAUUUGCAUCCACAGAUGCCAUUUAUUUGAUUUGAAAUGUAAAUGGCUUUUACAGCGACAUGCAGAAGGUCAGUCACAUUUGCCAAGCGUUGUAUUUGGUUUACGUCGAGGAAAAGCUGCCGGCUGUUCUCUACGAGUGACAGCGUUGUAGCUGACCAGCGGGAAACACUAUCAAAGAAAAGGAAAAGUCAGAAGAAACGACAGUGGACUGGUGAUCUGUCCUGGGAGGAAAGGCUGGCUGAUGCAGUCACCCCUCUGUGGAGACUGAGCUAUGAAGAGCAGCUUGAGUCCAAGCAAAACCACCAGGAGAGGAUCCUGUCACAGCUCAUGGGCCACCUUUCAGGUGACCUUCAAUCACUUUCCUCACCGGCUGUGACAGGUAAACUCAACUUCCCUGUCCUGUCCAUCCUGCCAUCCCCAAUCAGAGAUGGCUAUCGCAACAAGUCUACAUUUUCUGUCAAUAAAGGAGUUGAUGGAAAUCCAAAGACGGUUGGAUUUUACGUGGGCACAGGCAGGAGGGGAAACAUUGUCUGCGUCAAUGCAGACCACUUACUCAACAUGCCAGAGAAGCACAAACUGGUAGCCAGAUGUUAUCAGGACUUCCUCGGCCUCUCCCAGCUGCAGCCCUGCCUGCUGUUCCACGCCGGGGGUCACUGGAGAGAGGUCACCGUGAGGACAAAUGCAGACGGCCACACCAUGGCUAUAGUGUAUUUUCACCCACAAACUCUCACCCCAGAAGAGGUGGCUGUACAUAAGGCUGACCUGGUGGAUUAUUUCACACAGGGUCCUGGAUCAGUUUGUCAGCUGGACUCCCUGUACUUCCAAGAGAGCAGCAAGACUCGCUCCACCCAUGAGGAAUCCCCCUACCAGCUCCUGUACGGUCAGCCACACAUAUAUGAGGAGGUUCUUGGCUUCAAGUUUCGCAUCUCCGCUGAUGCAUUUUUCCAGGUGAACCACGCAGCUGCUCAGGUUCUCUAUAGAACACUGAGAGAUCUGUGUUUUCCAGACUCCAGACGAGGAAGCGGACCAACAAAAGUUGCUGGUACUCUUCUGGAUGUGUGCUGCGGAACUGGUGCCAUCGGCAUCACCAUGUCCCCCAGACUGGACAGAGUUAUCGGUAUAGAGCUUAUAGAACAAGCAGUGGAGGACGCCAUUCACAAUGCAGCUCUCAAUAACAUACUGAACUGUGAGUUUCUCCCUGGGAAAGCAGAGGUGGUACUUCCUGGUCUUAUGUCUCAGUUAAGCUCUGCAGUCGGAGGUCUUACAGCUGUGGUAAAUCCAGCUCGAGCUGGCCUCCACCACAAAGUGGUCCGAGCUCUACGAAACCAGCCGGCUAUCCGCAGGCUGGUGUAUGUGUCUUGUAAACCAGACGGGGAGGCUAUGAGGAAUUUCAGGGAGCUUUGUUGUUCUCCAGACCCACACAGGAAACUGACAGGAGAGGCCUUUUCUCCCACUCUCGCUGUUCCUGUGGACAUGUUCCCACAUACUCCUCAUUGUGAGCUAGUGAUACUUUUUGAGAGGUAGCAAAAAGUUUUUUUUUUCUUCAAUCAUGGAUUUAUGAGUUUUAAUUAUCAAACAACACGGGUUGCUUAAAUUUGGCUAGAAGGAAGACUUUCAUUAUUGUUUUAUUAUAGUGAACUUUAAUCAGAGGUGUCAAAAGUAUUCACAUUCAUUACUCAGGUAGAAGUAUAGAUACUAGAGUUUAAAAAUACUCCUGUAGAAGUUGAAGUAUCAACUCAAGUUUUUUACUCAAGUAAAAGUAUAAAAGUACUGGUUUCAAAACUACUUAAAGUAUAAAGGUAAAAGUAAUGUAAGGGGAAAAAAGCCAUUAAGGACAAAAGCCAUUGAAAAUGAAUGCAUCUUAGUAUAAUGCAAAUAUAUUAAAGAACCAUAUAUGUGUACUAUUGAGCAUUAACAUGUGUUUCAGAGAGCAGGAGAUAUGAUGUCUACUUGCCUAUAAGUAUUGUAAUGGUGCAAAAAGUCAAACUUCAGAGGCAUGUUAUCAUUUAUCCUAACCUUUAUUGGAAUGUACAUCCAAGUUUAGUUGCAGGAAUCUGAGGGCAACGGAUGUAAGAACAAAACUGGACAAGAACAUCUGAAACAACCACAACCAAAUUCCCUCUACCCGCAAUUUAACUGGAUAGUUUUGUUUAAAGGCCCAAAUGAAAUAGAGUAACGAGGCUGUUUUUAAAAUGUAAGGAGUAAAAAGUACAGAUAAUUGUGUGAAAAUGUAAGGAGUAAAAGUAAAAAGUCGUCUGAAAAAUAAUUACUCCAGUGAAGUAUAGAUAACCAAAAUUUCUACUUAAGUAAGGUAACAAAGUAUUUGUACUUCGUUACUUGACACCUCUGACUUUAAUACAACAGACUUUGAGACGUGUAUCAGAAUCAUAAUAAACCAAUACCUGGAGUUCACCCAAAUGGAAUUAAAUCAUCAUUAAUGUUUGUUCACCUGUACCUUUUUGUUUGUAUGCGUCUUUAAGUGUAUUGUGAAAAUGUUGUAUCUCCCUGCAGCAGUACCUGCAUUUAUACACUGGAUGGUGCCAUUGCCAUUUUUCACAUGAUUCUUUCGGAGAUGGUAAAAAAACGAAUGUUUCAUAACGGUUGUGAUAGUCAUCCCAUUCAUUCUAGUUUACUAAAGGUCACAAUAUCACCAGGUUCCAAUGGCAUCGUCACUGCGGAGAGGUAAUCACCGUUUAUGUGAGGCCAUAUGUUUAGACAAGAUGGCCCUCAAUUGAAGAUAAAAUGCUGUUAUCUUUGAGGUGAUACGAUGAUGCUCAUGUUCAGCAUCCUUUUUUGCCAAGGGUCAACAGGCACAGACGGGGACAGAAACUUUGUAUCUAUCAGCAGUGACAUAGAGCCACAACUCAAAACAGUGAGCAGUCUCAUAUGUCAUGCUUUCUGCUCUGCAAACUUUACCAAAGUAACAAAAAUAUAUUUCUUAGAAACUGCAUCAUACGAACGUCUGAUAUAUAAAAUAAAUGGGAAAUUAGACACUUAUAUUGAAAUCUGGGACCCAUUUCUAACACAGAUCAUGGAUCAGGGAAAUGUAAACUAAUAUAAAAAUGAUAGAUGAGGAUUCAGAAACAAAGUCUACAGAUCAAACAUUCACUGGGUUAGUUUUUUCACGUCUUCAUAUGUAUAUGUAUAGCAGGCAUAUGUUAUAUGUACUUCUAGGUAUAGAAUUUCAUGUAUAGUCAUUAUUUAAUUUUGAUCUUUUAGUAUUAUUUCACUUUUUCUGUGUCUUUAGUUUCUAUCAUCAAUGUCAACCUUUGGUGAAUUCAGCUGUACCUGCUAUUUUUUUUUAACUUAUUUUUAUAUACCUCUUUAUUCGUAUAUUUUUGCUGCUCUGUUGAUGCAUUGGACUGUCGUGAUGAAUGUCUGUGAAGGAAACAAU